AUGAGGUUGACUGCCACCACAUUUUGUGCACUGGCACUUGCGACAUUCGCCUCAGUAAAUGCAGGAGGCUGGCACAAAGACGAUGAUCAAAGACCUUCGACUUAUAACAGCGGCGAUCAUGGUGGCAGAGAUCACAAUUCUCAUGGUGAUGAUGGUUCCUCUGAUGAUAAUCACAAUGGUGUUGGUGAACAUAAUGGUGGUGGUGUUGUGUAUAACUUGGGUGGUACUGCUUCACUCCCAUUCACCGAAGUCAAUGGUGUCAAGUAUUACACAAUGGUGCUCACGCUCGGAAAUGUUUCAGCGGAUGGCUUUGUCUUUAACCAAGGCAUAUUAAUCAAUGGAGUCUUUCCUGGUCCAGCUUUGGUCGCUACGGAAGGCGACACUGUUUCAAUCAACGUCAUAAAUCAGCUGAGUGAGCCAACAUCUAUGCACUGGCACGGUCUCUUCCAAUCGGUUACACCUUAUGCUGAUGGAGCUACAUUCGUUACCCAAUGUCCCAUUGCUGUCGGUGAUUCGUUCACAUACACCUUCAAAGUCAAGCAACAUGGCACAUACUGGUACCACUCUCACUACGACGCUCAGUACGAGCAUGGAAGUCGUGGUCCAAUCAUUUUCAUGCCAGCUCACGACAAGACCAUAACGGCUGGUGCUUCAGACCGUGUUAUUACUCUAGGUGAUUGGUACCAUUUAAACGGCUCCACAUUGUUGAAACAAUUCUUUGACCCAAUAAACAAUCCAACCGGUGCCGAACCAGUUCCAGAAUCCGGUCUCAUUAAUGGCAAAGGACAAUACAACUGCUCUGGUCUCCUCACUGCCGGCUUGAUUCCAAACACAUCAGUCUGUACCCACGAUCAAUAUGCUGAGGUCAAGGUUGCUGCUGAUGGUCAAUACCGUGUUCGUGUCAUCAACCAUUCCGCUUUCACUUCAUGGAUUUUGAGAAUUGAUGGAAUCAAGUUCGUCAUUGUUGAAUUGGAUGGUACUGAUGUUCACCCUACUCCGGUUGAUACGCUUCUCGUUGAUAUUGCGCAACGUGUCACCUUCUACUUGGCUCCAUCCGAUCAAGGAGUCCAAGAAGGAAGAUAUGUGAUCAAUGCUACCAUGCAAUCCCAAUUCUAUCCAUACAUCAACCCAAACCUCAACCCCAACGUUAUUGGAUACUUGAUUGUCGGAGAAGAUGUUCCAGUGACUCAAAUUGCCGCAAAGAAUGCUACUAUUUUGGACUCUCAAGGCUUCAUCUCUGUUGCCGAUGCAACAAACAUUACUACCUUCACAUGGCCUAAACCUCUUGGUCACAUCCCAGCCAUACAAAUCACACCUACUACACCAGCUCAACGAUACAUGUUUGAAUUCCGAUUUGACAAUGACGUUGCAACCGGCAGCAACUAUGCCUUCGUCUGGCUCUAUCACUACGUCAAUGGCCAAUGGGUCAAGAGAUUCGGCGCCUCAUCAUGGCACCCAGAUAACAACACCGCACUACAACUUGCUAUUGACGGUGCUCAAUCUGGCAACUUGGUCACCAACACCAGUUCCGCUAACUUUGCACCUCAAUGGAAUGCCGUCCCUCUCACUCUUGGUGAUGUCGUUGAAGUCACGUUCGUCAACCACGAAACAGUUCCUCAUCCAUUCCACUGGCACGGCCACAACGCACAAAUCCUCGGUCGCGGUGCCAUGCCGCAAAUCAACGGCACCGACAUCCUCCCCACCAUAUCCGACAUUGAUGCAGCCAUCCAAUCCACCACCGGCCUCAACUAUCCACCAAUCCGCGACGUUGCAGCUGCACCACCAGUCGGUUGGAUGACGAUGCGAUUUGAAGCCACCAAUCCAGGAACAUGGACCUUCCAUUGUCACGUUGACUGGCAUUUAGCUGCUGGGUUAUUGAUGACGAUGGUUGAAGGUCAGGAGGCUUUGGCUCAUACUGAAGUGCCAAGUGACUGGAAUCGAGUGUGUGCUGAUGCGAAAGCGAAGGGGUUGUUGCCACCGCCUGCUGGUAGCAAUGCUAGGGUUUCCCUCAACUUUCCAGUAUAA